CUUGCAUAUUGCGCAGCGAAUUUUUUAUCAUUAAUAACAGUAACUCAUCAAGAUCUUUACCUUUUUGUUUUCAUUAUUAUUAUUAUUAUCAUCAUUAUCAUUAUUAUUGUUCUUAUUUUAUAUUAAUACACCGAUUAAACGAAAAAAGAACAAUGUCAGCAUCUCCGAUCGCUAGGCAGGCUACCCAAAGUCAAAAUAUACCAUCGAAGAGGAUUAUUAUCGAUGAUCCUAAACAAUUACCAGCAAACUAUUCAUCCACUCCAGGAGGUACACUUUAUUCCACAACUCCAGGAGGUACUCGUAUCGUUUAUGAACGGGCUUUUUUGAUGAAUUUACGAGACUCACCAAUAUCGCGUACUCCUCCAAAUAUACCAUCAAUACCUGUGGAUCUUUUGAAAGUUACGCCAACUAUUUCUACACCUGCUAAGAUAUCUCCUAGAAAAGACACAUUGACGAUUGAAGAAUCUCCAGAACAAUUUGAAAUGGAUAUGUAAGAUGGGAGAACUUGCAAUCCAAUUAUUGUGGCUCUAAAUGUGUUCAUCUUUUAGCCAUUCAUGGCUGUGCUCAUGAUAAUAUGCCAACUGACAUUUAAAUUGUACGAUUGAUUCUUAGGAUACGUUUAUCAUAAAAUAAUUUUAUAAUAAAAUAUCUUGUUGUAGAUCGUAAAUCUUGAUGAGUAAAACAAUCUAUAUUGAUAAAUUAAUGAAUAUCAAAAGUA